AUGGACGACAACGAAGGCAGCGCGAAACAGGGACUAGAGAUGUUGGCAUCGCUGCCGACGUCGACACACCGCCUCGAAGCGUCAACGGAGGCAGAGACCGAGGGACCAACGCCACGGGUAGAGGAUUACCCGAGCAGCGUCGGAUUCAACGAAGCCAGAAACCAGUAUCGGCUGGAUCAGAAACGCAAGCGGAGGGCGCAGCUUAGAGCCGAGCGCGAGAAGAACACACGAGAAGAGCUGCAGAAAUAUGAUACACGUGCCGUGUUCGCGAAAAGGGAAAAACAGGCAAAGGACCGCUACGGAGUCCGGACCAAGCAGAGACGAAAGUCGAACCUGCACAAGCCGAAGCGUAGUGGCUGCAUGGUAACCCAUGAAAACCAUGGAUUCUCCUGA